AUGGCCCGUCGCAAUGACCAGCCGCAGCAUUUCUACGCUGGUCAGCCUCCCAACAUGCCGCCGCAGCAGCACCAUCCGACCCCAGUCCAGCCGCCGAUGAAUGUGCCCCAACAAUCGCCUAACGCGCCCUCGUCGCAGCAGCCGACCCCAACCCAGACGCCGGCGCAACCGCCGCGUCCGCGCAAGCGGCCCAAUCCAGCUGCUGCAGCGGCUCCUCCUGUGACGACAGGUCCUCCUCCUCCUGCCGGAGCUCCUGCUCAAGCCCAGGCUGCAGUACCUGGCGUUCCUGCUCCUCAGGGAACGCCGACCCAGCAACCACAGCAAGCUCCCCAGCCUCCGGGCGUUGAGGACGCAAACGCGGCCGCUGUCGCGCCCCCCCCCGCGAAGAAGAGCAGAACAAACACCCCCUGGACUCCUGGUGAAGAGUUACGACUCAAGCAGAUGCGUGAUGCCGGCAACAGCUGGGCUGAGAUUGCCAAGACUUUUCCUAGCAGGACGGAAGGCUCAGUGAAGAAGCACUGGUAUAAGGAUAUGCAUUAUGCCGAAUUUGCAGAGGAUGAGAGUCAAGCCCUCUUGAAUGCAAUCAAGGAAUAUGAAAAUAACAAAUGGAAAGUUAUUGGUCAGAAGGUUGGCAAACCUGCCAAGGCAUGUGAACAGUAUGCCAAAGAGCAUUUCCCAGAAAUGUUUGGAGGAAAGCCUCGGUAG